AUGCACAAGGCUACAUAUAUCGCCGGCCCAGCACCUCACAGGGCUAGUCCGACUCUGACUCGCCCAGGCCGAUCUUCAUCGCUCGACGAGAACGCCCGAUUUGUCACCUACACGCGCGGUGCCGUUGCCAAGAUCCGGUUGACCUACAUCCGUCUGCUGAUGCCCCCCCCCAACGGAGCCGGUGCCGCGCCGGAGAGCUGGCUGAUGGGCAAGGAGGCCUUUGAGGGCCGCAUGCCACACCAUAACGGCAUCAAGGCGCUGUGGGAGACGAAGUGGAGGUUUCCGUGCUCCAUAAGCGUGUAUCCGUUCCAUGACGGCCAGCCAGAGGACUUUGCGCCCAUCUUUGAGCACCUGAUUGAGCACGACAUCAACGACGGCACAUCGGCCGCGUACACGGAGGCCUUCUUCCCCGUGGCAGAGGCGCUGACGGCACGGGCAGAGACGCUGCUGUCCGAGGCAGACAGCGGAGGUGCAGAUGCGACAGCCAAGACGAAAGAGGCGUCGGCGCUGCUGCUGCGGGCAUGCUGCGUGUACCGGAUCGCACGGUUCCCGUACAUCACGUCGCGGCCGACAGUCAACGACGUGACCAAAUGGCGGGCCUGGGAGGCGCAGAAGGCGGCGUAUCUGCGGGCGGCCGCGACGUGGGAGGUGCCCAUUUGCGAGGUGGCAGUGCCUCACAGACAUGGGCUGGCAAACGAGGGCCACACGAUCCCUGUCUACCUGCGGCUGCCCCCCGGUGCCAGCAGCUCGAGCAAGUGUCCGGUGAUGGUGCUGCUGACCGGUCUCGACGGCUACCGACCCGACAACACCGGCCGCUGCGACGAGUUUCUGGCACGUGGCUGGGCCAGCGUCGUGCUCGAGAUUCCCGGCACUGCUGACUGUCCGGCUGACCCGGCCGACCCGGAAGCCCCUGAUCGACUCUGGGACAGCCUGUUGGCUUGGAUGGCUGCCGAUGUGCCGCAGCUCGACCUCGGCCGCGUUGCCUGCUGGGGCCUCAGCUCCGGUGGCUACUACGCCGUCCGCGCCGCUCAUACGCACGCCUCCCACCUCGUCGGCGUCGUCGCCCAGGGCGCCGGCGUCCAUCACUUCUUCUCGGCCGACUGGCUCGCCCGUGCCGACGGCCACGAGUACCCCUUCCGGCUGACGCCCGCUAUGGCUGCCAAGCACGGCUUCUGCACCGGCGACGACGACACCGCCGGCAUCGCUGCCUUUGCUGCCGGCGGCGCCCUCGCUCGCUUCUCGCUGCUCGCUACCGGCAUCCUCGACCAGCCGUCGACACGGCUGCUGCUGAUCAACGGCACCAAAGACGGGCUCAUGCCCAUCGAAGACUCAAUGCUACUAUUUGAGCACGGCACGCCCAAGGAAGCCCGCUUCUUCUCGGGCGCUCUGCACAUGGGCUACCCGAUGGCGAAUGGGUCGGUGUAUCCGUGGCUGGAGAGUGUGAUGAAGUCGACAAGUGGCAAUAUUAGCAAUAAGUGA